AUGGACGCAAUGUCGGGAAGUUCCAGUCAAAAAGGGGACGGUCUGAAGUUGUGCCCGAUCUCUUGGACUCCAACUACUCCAACAGACACCAACAAGCCUCUCAACAAGACCAUUCGUGCCCCGUGUUCAUCGGCGUGGUACCUACUUUCGGACGGAUUGGCCGACCGAUACGGAAAAGCGGGUGAAGAGGCGACUUACGUGACCCUCAGACACAAUGUCUCUAGCCUUUAG